UCUCCCAGUGCCAGUGUUCUCUUCGCGCUGAAGUAACUAUGUAACACAGUAUGUUAUGUGUGAAGUAACAAUGUUAUAAUCCAAGUUAAUACCUGCUGGAUACAAUUAAUUGAUACUUGAUGUAACGCGUUCUUCCUGAAGUUCCGACGUUCGGUUACAUUUCUGUUGUUGCAGGAAUAACCACGUCUCGAAUGAGCCAAUAAGUUGCUGCCAAGCUAAUAUUAUGGUAGCCACCGUCGAUAGCUUCAUUCUUACGCAGUGUGUAAAAUAAGCUGUUCAGCUGUCAUUUGAUGAACGUCAAAGGCUUUGCCUUUUCUUAGGGUGUGACGGAUAUUGUAAGAGGAUACGAACAAAUGUGGCGUUUUGACGUUAGAUAACGUUAGCUAGCAGUCGUUAUACAUGCUAGCUGGCUUCUUUGGCAACUAAUAUAACCAGCUUCUUCCACAACGUUAAGAAAGAAAGAGUCAUGGAUAAGGCGGAUUUUUUGAAAGGACUGCCAGUCUAUAACAAAAGCAACUUCAGCAAGUUUCAUUCAGAUUCCGUGUGUAAAACAUCGAACAGGAGACCCUCUGUCUAUCUACCAACAUGCGAGUUUCCGUCGGAGCAGAUCAUUGUCACAGAGAAAACAAACAUUUUAUUGCGAUACCUUCAUCAGCAAUGGGACAAGAAGAAUGCAGCCAAGAAACGGGAACAGGAGCAAAGUGAAGGCGAGAAUCCUGCACCUCCCAGGAAAAUUGCUCGGACUGGAAGCCGUGAAAUGAAUGAGGAGUCAUAAAACCUUUUACGUUUCAGUAUUAAACAUCAUGUGACUCUUCAGAGAUAAACAAGCACAGACACAGACCAAGACAGCUGGUAAAGGCCAUUGAUAAAGUCACACUUGCUUUAUCCCACAUGUUGUGAAACUUAUUUUAUUUCUUGGUUGGACUGUAUUUCUGUUUCUUUAAGUGCAACUCAUCACACUCACUUCCCCUGUUAUAUGUUAAUAAUUUAUUAAUUUUGGGAUGAAUGUGGUCAUCCCCUGAAGUCCUAGUCACCUUAUUACCCUACCCAUUUCAAUGCUUGUUAUGCUCCCACUGCAUUUUUAUUCUGAAGAAUUUAGCACUAGCAAGCAACUGCUGCCCAAAUAGUAAUGACACCACCAUUGAACCCAUUGAUUAUAAGGUGGAUACCAGAUUCGAACCUACUAAUCUACUCAAAACAUAGUCACACCCGCAUUUCAGACGACUGAAUAACUGACCUGAUUUUCAUUUUUGGUCAGAGUUGGGAAUUUUAUUUACAGGACCAGCAAUGUCUGGUUAACACCCUGGAGGUAUGGAUUAAUUAAAUUUGUUCAGUAAUUAAUUCAACUGAUGUUCAACUUGGCUUCCAUAAAAGGGAAGUAAAAUGCUAGAGUUAAGAAUUAUGUUCUUCUUGCAGACAUGCUAUUGGGUAUCAAGCAGUGAAGAUGUCUCGAUUAGGUUUACUUAAGGUUUUUUUUUUUCAUUCAUUGCAUGUUCUGGUCAUUGAGUGAAAGAUACCAUGUUCGCAAUACAGCUCAAGAGCCUUAUUACAGGAGUCAUUUCUCAAUAAUUUUUGGUUAUAAAUAUGAAGUACCGGUAUAAUGUAAUGCUGAGUAGACGUUUUAAGAAAUGGCCUCAUUCAAGCCUUUUUGUUUUUGUGCAUGAAUUUAUGGCAAGAAUCCCUAACAAAUCAAGUUGAAGUCUGGUGACACUUCACUUUGAUAUACACUCUAAAAUUUUAGUGGUGUAGGAAAGCAUUGCCAAUGCCAAAAAAUGCUUAUGGUAGUACAUUUUCACUUCUAUCUGUCAAUACUGCUCAGAAAAAAACAUGUGACUUUGCCAGGCCUUUGAUGAAAACGGACAAGAAAAAAAGCUCCUACUUAAAUUCUUGUCUUACAAUUGGCAUUAUAACAGUGGAAGGUUCAAGGUUCUGUAAAAUAACAUUAAGUUCACUUGUUAUUUUAAUCGUCCAUAGCAAUACCAUGUGUGUUUUUAAAGGCAUUGAGAUGGACUAAAAAAAAUUAACACCGCUUAGCUUCUCUGUGAUAUCUCAGUGCUGUGUGAUUCUGGUUUUUGCAUUUUGAAAUGUUUACAUGUCUGCCAGUUACCCCAAAGGAGGUACAUUCUACUCGUUUUGUCUUCUACGUUGAAGACUAGUGCUGCAUCUCUUGUUUGACCAUCGCUUUCGCCCCUUAAUGUAUAUUCCUGUGAUGUAGUGGCUGACCUAACACGCAAACUGUGCUGCUUUUGGAGACGACAGCACAAUGCCCCCUCUGCCCCAAUUCCCAGACAGUUGGCUCUACUCCUGCCAGAUAUUGGGUCUAGAUGCUCUGAGACCUGUACAGAUGGCAGGGUCUAUGCCAAAGAUGUUCAAUUGCAGGUGUAUCAUACGUUGUAAAGUUCUUUGUGAAUUAAACCUUUGGAUUGAAUUCCUA